CGGUGCGGUUGACUACUGUUAUGCUUUUGGGCCCUACAACUCCGACAAAUCAAUAGUUUUCAAUAAGCUGUUCCACAUCGAUUCCGCCAGUGAGAACAUACUGUCAAAUGUUUCGUCGAAUCCGAUCAGUGUUUGCUUUUGCACCAAUGGAACCCCAGCCUGUAAUGAUACUCGGAGGUCAUCGGAGGAUCAGAUUUAUCCUGGUGGUCUGCUGUCAGUGACAGUGGUGGUCGUAGGUCAGAGGAAUGGGGCAGUACCUGGAUUACUAGUAGCUACCUCACUAAAUAAUACCAUCACAAUAGAAGGCGAGACCGAUCGUGUGAUCAAUAGUGCAAACUGCACCACAUUACAUUACACGUUAUUAUUAACAUCUAUUCAGCUACCACACAAUGUAACGUUUGAUUUCAGGAUUGGAAACACAGACUUCAGAAAUGCAAUUAUCUGACACAGAGAUUGCUCCAGUGUUGACAUGUAACAAUAGCCAGCUGUCCGUAUGGCUUUUCAGUAUCCACUAAGUGCAGUAAAUGUGACUGCAACAGUUGGGUACAAGGUCUUCAUGCAACUUGCAACAUUACCACGAAUUCAAUAUACAGGAGUGGAAACUCAUCGUGGUGGAUAGGACAAUUGAAAAAUACUUCCAACACAGCCAUAUAUAGCACAUUCUGUCCGUUUGACUACUGUGUCAGAGAGGACAUCCAUAUACAGAUAAAUGAGAGUGAUUUUGCAGACAGUCAGUGUGCAAACAACAGACGAGGGAUUCUGUGUGGAGGCUGUAGAGGAAACAGGAGCAAUGUAUUGGGAUCUAGCAGCUGCAAGGACUGCCGUAGCCAACACUCCAUACUGAAAGUGUUGGGACUCAUUCUUCUGUUUGCCCUACUGGGAAUUGCCUUUGUGUUCCUGGUAGGCAUUCUGGACAUGACCGUGUCAGAAGGAACACUCAAUGCCAUCGUUUUCUACAUGAAUGUUGUGAGAGUUAACACAAACAUCUUUUUUGAUUCACCUAAAGGAAAAAGUACAGUCAACAGAAUGUUGGAAGUGUUUGUGGCUUGGAUGAACUUGGAUUUGGGAAUUGAGACAUGUUUCUAUGAUGGAAUGGGAACAAUUGGAAAAGUGGCACUUCAGUUAGUGUUUCCACUCUACCUUUGCCUUCUCAGUUGGUUGAUUAUUUUUUUAAGUCGAAGAUCUUCUAUAGUCACAAAAUUGUUUGGAAAAAAUGUCGUCAAGAUAUUAGCAACCAUCAUUUUUCAUUUCUAUGCCAAAAUCCUGAGGACAGUUAUUGACAUUUUACGGCGCUCAGAGAUCAUAGUUGAAGGUGAAGACUCAUAUACACAGCAUGUAAGCGGUUAUAGGUGGACCGUUGAUGGCACUAUUCCAUACCUUCACAACAGACGUCAUACCGUCCUCUUUGCUAUUGCUGUGAUUGUGGUAGCAGUGACUCUACCAUACACACUGGCACUGCUCUUCAUCCAGUGUCUAAGGAGGAGGUCCAACAUGAAAGUAUUGUUGUGGGUGAAUAAACUGAAACCAUUUUUCGAUGCCUACACAGGCCCAUACAAAGACAACUACCACUUUUGGACUGGAUUCCUCCUGGUUGUACGAAUUGUCCUUUUCAUUGCUAUUGCUGUGAAUACAAGCAAAGGGGAAAUAUUGAAUCUUACUUUGAUUAACACCACUACAGCCAUUUUAUUUGUAUUGAUACGACCAGGGAUAUACAAAAGCUGGGUACUGAAUCUGAUUGAAGUAUUUACUUAUGCCAACCUGGCAGCUUUAACGUCUGGCACUGUUUAUGACUCUUGGUUCAAAUACAGCAACCAAUUCCCUAUAACAUUGUGUGUAGGAUCGAUGUUUCUCCUGUUCUGUGGAAUUGUGGUGUACCACAUUCUCAAGAAGCUGUCGGUGACUCGGAGGUGGGGGUUGAUGAAAGUGUGGUUGUUGGACAGGAGGUGGCCGUGGAUGAAAAAGAAGCAGAUAAGAUCUCUCAUCCUACCAUAUGUCGAUCCUGACAAUUACGAAGACUCGAGCAGCAGUGACAGUGAACUGGAUCCAAUAUUGCAGAAUGCCCCACCUGUGGCUCGUUAUGACGAGUACCGAGAGCCUCUCAUUGGAACAACUAGGACUGAAUGACUACCUUAUAAAGUGCACAUCCUUUGUAUAAUUAUACUGACUUAAAGAAAGUGUGGUUGCUGGCAAUGUUGUGUCUUGUAUAACUGAUCAACUUAUAAAAAU